AUGCCAACGAAGAAGCGCAACUCGGAUCGGGAUCUGUCCCCAAGAAAACGACGGCGACUCUGCUCAGACGGAAACCCUGCCCCUGCCAUGAUCAGCAAACUCGUUGACGAUCUCCUGGUAGAAAUCCUGAUCCGCCUCCCGCACCCUCGAUCCGCCUUCCUGUGCAAAGCCGUCUGCAAGCGGUGGAACUCCCUCAUCUCUGAUCCCAGCAGCAGCUUCACUCGCCGCUUCAUCUCUCACCGCCGGAGCAGUAACCACCCACCACCACCGUCUCUGUUUCUUCCCUCCAACGACCCCCAAGCGAUCCUCUGCUUUCUCCCCGUGCCCGAUGGAGCUCGACCGAACCCGCGAGUUUUCGAUUGCUUCAAGGACUUGAUUUCGUGGAGUCGUCUUAUGGCAUUGCUGCCGAAUUGGACAGAGCGUACUUUGUCUGCAAUCCGUUCACGAAGCAAUGGGUCGCCCUUCCUUUAG